AUGGAUACUACUUUGGAUCCCCUUUCAACAUCUUUUCUUUACGACGAGGAGGAUGGAAACGAGACUUCCACCAAUCUUUUCGAGCAACCUGACUGGCAAGUGGCACUCUGGGCGAUUGCAUAUACUUUAAUCGUAAUCGUGUCCAUCGUUGGGAAUGUCACUGUUAUUUGGAUCAUUGUGGUACAUAAACGAAUGAGGACAGUGACCAACUACUUUAUUGUUAAUCUCGCCUUUUCUGAUGCGUCAAUGGCAACUUUUAACACGGUCUUCAAUUUCGUGUAUGCUUUGCACAAUGACUGGUAUUUUGGUUUAGGAUACUGUAAAUUUCAAAACUUCUUUCCAAUAACAGCUAUGUUUUCAAGCAUUUAUUCAAUGGCAGCUAUUGCUGUUGACAGAUAUAUGGCGAUAAUCCACCCCAUGAAGCCCAGGCUCUCCUCCACCACUACUAGAGUUCUGAUCGGCAUAAUCUGGACUGUGGCAUUUUCACUGGCUUUCCCCCAAUGUUAUUACGCCAGUACCAAGUUCUUUUUCCCCCGGACUGUCUGUAUGGUAGAAUGGCCUGACGAUUAUGGAGGAAAACAUCAGCUCUCGUAUCAGAUUGCUGUGAUUAUCCUGAUCUACUUGCUCCCUCUGCUGGUGAUGUUGGUGACCUAUAGUCUGGUGGGCCAGAAGCUGUGGGGCAGUAAGAUCCCAGGAGAAGCAUCAGACCACUACCAGAACCAGAUCCAGGCUAAACGCAAGGUUGUGAAGAUGAUGAUAGUGGUGGUGACGACCUUUGCAAUAUGUUGGCUCCCGUACCACAUCUACUUCAUUCUGGGGAGCUUCAACAGGGAUAUAUACAAGCAGCACUAUAUCCAGCAGGUCUAUUUGUCCAUCUUCUGGCUGGCCAUGAGUUCCACUAUGUAUAACCCCAUCAUCUACUGCUGUCUGAACCAAAGAUUCCGCUCAGGUUUCUGCAAAGCAUUCCAGUGGUGCCCCUUCAUCAAGAUUUCUGAGGAGGACAACAUGGAGCUGCAACACAUGAGAACUUUCCAUAUGAGACGUAGUUAUCGUACCGAGACCACCAGCGUGGUGGUCCAUAACCAUAUCGAUGGUGAGAUGGGAAGGGAAAGAUAG